AUUCCCGCGCAAGAAGAAAAAGGAGAGUGCAAUGGCUUCAACUUCAACUCAAAGGGUCAAUAAAAAUGAAUCUUGUGAACCCAAAAGCAACAACUACUCUACAAAAUCUUGUUUUCAACCAACAGUGUGUUUGAAAGAUUGGUGGCUUAUUAGGGCUGAAAAAGAUUCUCAAGGAAGAACCCUUGCUGUUGCUGGCCUCACUUCUAGAGAAGGUCAAGCGCUGCGAGUAUUCUCCUCUGCACCAAUUCUCAAGACUAAUGAUGUUUGUAAUCUUGAGACCAUCGAUGGGAUAUGUGUUAUUCUCAAAGGCUUCAUAAACAAAAGUCGCUCGGAGGAAAAUGGUUUUUCAUCUGAGGUGGUCGAACAGUUUCUUUUAGGUUUUCCUCCUCAAUGGGAGGCAUUUAUCGAGAAAUUCUUAAGAAGAAAAUCUAAAGGUAAAGCUGCUGCAAGUGAUGCCCUUGGUUUUGAAGAACCAUCUGUUUACUCAGGAAAGGUUAAAUAUCUAAAGAAGAUAGAUCAAAAGGAUCAUUUAGAGGCUACUGAUGAAAAAAUACAGGAUCACUUAGAGGCUACCGAUGAAAAAAUACAGGAUCAUAACGGGGAAAAAGACUUUGAAAUAGAAGACAAUUUGAAGACAGACAAUCAGAAUGAUGGAGAAGUUGCAAGUGAAGUAAUUGUACGAAAGACAAGGUCAUCCAACAAGCUUUAUACAAACACUUCUACAGGCAUUGCAAAGGAGCAAACUGCGGAUAAUCAUCAUAAUGGGAAAAAAGACUGUGAAUUAGAAGACAAUUUGAAGAGGGACAAUCAGAAUGAUGGAGAAGUUGCAAGUGAAGUUAUUGUACGAAAGACAAGGUCAUCCAACAAGCUUAAUUAUACAAACACUUCUACUGGCAUUGCAAAGGAGCAAACUGCAGAUGAUUAUCAUAAUGGGAGAAAAGACUAUGAAGUAGAAGACAAUUUGAAGAGGGACAAUCAGAAUGAUGGAGAAGUUGCAAGUGAAGUUAUUGUACGAAAGACAAGGUCAUCCAACAAGCUUUAUACAAACACUUCUACAGGCAUUGCAAAGGAGCAAACUGCGGAUAAUCAUCAUAAUGGGAAAAUGGACUAUGAAGUGGAAGACAAUUUGAAGAGGGACAAUCAGAAUGAUGGAGAAGUUGCAAGUGAAGUUAUUGUACAAAAGACAAGGUCAUCCAACAAGCUUAAUUAUAAAAACACUUCUACAGGCAUUGCAAAGGAGCAAAGUGCAGAUGAUAGUAGAACAACUCAGUUGAAAAGUGGAAGUGCAUCCGCAAAAAACGCAAAGAGAAAAUUGACAUAUGGAAGUCCUCAGCAAGGGAAAGAGGCAGUUCCACCUAUCUCUACUGAACCUUUGAGUUUUAGCAGAUCUCGAUCAGGGAGAGCGCUACUUCCUCGAAUGGCUUUUUGGCGCAAUCAAAUGGCAAUUUAUGAUGCGGAUCACCAGGUUACAGGAGUUAAACAAGGCGACCCGGAUCUGGAUAAUCUAUCUAGAGUGAGUAGAUCUGAACCAUCAAGAAAGAGACGGCAAAUCAGAUGAGGGUCAAAGCUCCUAUUGUCUAGUGGAAAUGUAAAGGAACCUAAUGGGAAGGCUUAAACAACUGUGGCAUAUUUGUACAAAGUAUGUAAAGGCUCUAGUAAUGCCAUUUUGGAUGCAUAUUUACUAGACAGAUACCUCUUUUGGUUCUUAGAACAGCUGCAAGCUGAGAAGUUUCUUUUUCUGUGUUUCUUUGACUCAUUUAUGCUGCUUAGUUAUGUUAAUAUUUAGGUGCACUUGGACUGUAUCUUGGUACCUGAUAUUGCUGGCACAAAGCCUAAAGGCCACAAAUGAUUUUACUGCA